GUGCGGUAUGGGGACUGGGAAGGGGGACCGAACGGGCUCGCCUCUGCACCGGGACGGGCUCUUCGCUGUGUCUGGACCGGGAUCGAAUCAGGAUAGGCUCACGGGAACGGUUCCCUGCUGUGACCAGAGCAGACCACACCGGCACAGCGUCGUCGCGGUGCGCCUGCCCCGGUUCUUUUCCUGAACGGGAUCUCUGCCAUCCCUCUGUCCCGGUACCGACCUGGGACAGGGUCCCUGCCAUCCCUUUGCUCUGGUACCGAACCCAAACGAUAUCCUCGCCAUCUCUCUGUCCCGGUACCGGACUGGACGGGGUCCCCGCCCUCCUUCUGUCCUGGUACUGGUCCGGGACGAGGUUCCCAGUAUCCCUCUGCUCCGGUACCGGACGGGACGAGCUCUGUCCCUGCUCCCACCACCCCCGCAUCACGCCGGUCCUGCACCAGCCCAUUUUCCCCGCAGCCCCACCCCAACUCUCUCUGUCCCUGCCCCCGGUGGCGACUACGCCGGGGGUCCCGAGAGUCCGCGUUCGGCUCCAUCCCGCCUGCAGGGCUUUCCCGGGGAACCCCUAAUCCACGGGUUAAGAGGAUCGCUGGGGUUUACGUGCAAAGCCGGGCAGUGGCCUCCAUCCCCGGAAUGCCGCUCCCGGGGGAAUUUGUAACCGCGGGGUCCAGGACGACCCCGAGGAAAUGUUCACCCAAACGUGAUCCCAAAGUUCAUGUUUCCCGGUGUCACUCGUCCCCAACUCAUCCAAGAGCGAGGAAACAACGAUGGGUCAUCCAAAGCAUUAUCCCCGAGGGGAAACUGAGGCACGGGAACAGGCUGGGAUCAUUGGAGGCAGAAUCCCAGUACGUUCCCGGUCAAAAAGUGUGGUUUGGGGCACAUCACGCAACAGGUUUCCACCGGAUUCCCGACCCACUGGUGGACACGGGGGAGCUUUCCCGGGGCCAGCCGCAUGAUCUCAGAGGCAGGAAUGUGCCGGGCUUUUGUCGGAGCAUCGCCCUGUUGUGUCUUUCUUGCAUCCUGUAAGAAAACAAACAAAUCCCUGGCAGGAAUGAUCCCAGCAGGGCCCGGCUGAGUUCACCCUCGCCCACCGGAAAUCCAGUUUUCACAUUUUUUGAGAGGGGAGUAAAGUUUCUGUGGCUGGGGGCAAGUCCCCUGUGGCUCUGUCUUGGCUAUUCCUGGCCUCUUGGUAUCAUCUUUGGAGCCAAAUUCCCAGGAGUGCCUGCAUCUCUCCGUUUAUCUCUGGCAUUCCCUCUCGACAUGCGCUGGUCACACUCAGGAUGUUUUCAACAGAUUUCCUUUCCUUGGGUUGGUUUUUUCCGGAAUGGGUCCCCACAGCUCCUCUGCACUACCAGUAUGGAUAUAGAGCUAGGGGGAUCCAUCCAAGACCCCCCAGUUGCACCCCCCCAGUUGCACACAGGUCCGGCUGUCCUGGCCAUAGAGGGUUUUCCAUGCAUAUCCCAGUGGCUUCAACUUUCUGUGCUCAAACUGCCCCCAAAUACCCCAAAUUUCUCUCCCCCAGCAGAGCAUCCCUUCUGGGAGCUAUUGUCCUGGCAGCCCUGGGGUCCCCGCUGCCCCCCCAGCCCCCACUCUUGGAGGGCCUGAUCCUUCCCAGCUCUGUUCUGUCAGUGGACACUGCCCAGAAAGGCGAAAAGUUGGUGAUUUUUCCCAGUCCUACAGAAUAAACCUCCCCCAGUUUGGAUGCAAGCCCUUCCCACAGGCUGGAGAGGAGGGGACUCUGUGCUGGGGCUGGCAUCUUUCACUGCCAGCCCCCUGGUUUUUAUUCCUGUAGGAUUUUCCCUUGCUGGCGCUUUGUGUUGUCUCCCAGCGACAGUAAGGGGAGCCAAGGCUGGGCAAUUCUAUCCCACCAUCCCUUUUCUUUCUGGCUGUGCCAGCAUUAUGCUUGGCAGGAGCAACAGCUUUUGGGGGAUGUGAGGAGGAGGUGUUGAGCACCGGACCCCUACAAACGCCUGGCCCACACAGUGGGGCUAAGUGGUGCUUUCCCCCUUUCCCUGCACUCCACUUCUGCCCAGAAAUUAUGGCCGGGUCUCAAUGCCUGAUGCUUUCAGCUUAUUUCCAGGAUAUUCCCUCAUGCCCAAAGGCAGUGAGCCCAGAGAAAAGGCCCUUUUGUGGUGAGUCUGGCAUCAUCCUGGGAAGGAUGCAAUGGGAAUGCAGCUGCCCAAGGUUAUCCUCGAGGUCAAGGCUGCAGUCAGGGGUUCCUGGGGCUGCUCGAUGCUGUACAGCCCCAUGGAGUGGGGAUAUUCUCUCCUUUAAUCCUUUUAUAUCCCCCCAAAUUGGGGUUGUCCUGGACUGGAGGAUGUAGAGGAGCUGGAGGUAGAGGGUCAUGCUGGGUGGCUGUGGGGGAACCUAUGGCAGCUUCAUCCCUGGAUCCCCCUGUGGACAGUUCCCAGUCCCAAGAGCAUCCAGAAAAGCCACCAGAAAAUAAUGCUUUGGAUGAGGAAAACAUCUGAAGAGGCUGAAGGUGCCCAGGGGUUGUUCUGGGGGCCUCACCAAGGGGGGAAACUGAGGCAGGGAACAGCCUUUCUGAGCACUAUCCCCGGUGCGUCUGCAGGAAACGGCUGUGGCCACACGCUGCUGACACCCCACAGUGGCACCCUGAGCUCCAAGAACUACCCGGGCACGUAUCCCAACCACACCAUGUGUUGCUGGCGGCUCCAAGCCCCCCCGGGCUCCUCCCUACUCCUGGCAUUUGGGGAUGUGGAUCUGGAGCCCUCAGAGCACUGUGCCCACAGCUCCUUGCUGCUCGCUGACCCCCAGACUGGCACUGCCUACGGGCCCUACUGCAGGAACUCCGUCCCUUCUGCCCCACUCCUGGUGACAAACUCCAGCACUGUGACCGUCCUGUUCAACAGCACCAGCCACCGCUCGGGACGAGGCCUCCUCAUGUCCUAUGCCACCUCACAGCACCCAGACCUGAUCUCCUGCCUAGUUCGAGGCACCCAUUACACCCAGGAGUACAUCAGUGUGUACUGCCCUGCAGGCUGCAAGGACAUCCAUGGGGACAUCUGGGGCAACCCGAGCCAGGGCUACCGGGACACAUCGGUGCUGUGCAAGGCAGCUGUGCAUGCUGGGGUGAUUGCGGAUGAGCUGGGAGGGCAGGUCACCCUGUCCCGAGAGAAGGGGAUCACGCUCUAUGAGUCAGCCUUUGCCAAUGGGCUCCGCUCCAAAAGGGGAUCUCUCUCUGAGAAGCGACUUGUAUUCCACAAAGCCUGUGAUGAUGUGCUGGAGGUGGUCACCUUCAAUGCCUCGUCCUGGUGGCAUGAGGUGGACGUGCUGGGCCAGGACCGAGCCUGGGUGGCCGAACGAGCAGCACUUAGCACCACUGACCAUUCCUGGGCAGCUGAACCCGGUGCCAAGGCUGCCUGGCUGGAGCUGGACCUGGGCACCCGAAAGAAUGUCACAGGCAUCAUCACAAAGGGCUCCUCUGAGCAGCACGACUACUAUGUGACGUCCUACCAUGUCUCCUCUAGCCGCGACGGGAAGAAUUGGAGACCCUACAGAGGCAGCAGUGGUCAGGAGGACAAGGUGUUUGAAGGAAAUGCUGACAGCCACGGGGAGGUCUCUAAUGCCUUUAUCCCCCCCAUCGUCGCCCGCUACAUCCGUGUCACACCGCAGAGCUGGCACCAGCGCAUUGCCCUGAAGGUGGCCCUGAUGGGCUGCCAGCUGGCACGGGUCCGCAUACCCCGUCCCUAUGAGCCCAGUGUCCCCAAGGAGGUGCUUGAAGCCACCAGCCACCCAGCCAGCCACACCCCCAUCCCUGGCAUUGCCCUGGACCCGGAGAAGGCAGGCUCCACACUGCUGGUGAUACUGCUUAUUGGAGGCUUUGUGCUCCUCUGCUCCUGCCUCCUGCUCCUGGCUUUCCUCUGCCACAGGAAGAGGAAAUCAACAGUGGAGCUGAACUGUGGGAUCACAAAAGGGUACCCCAAGUUGGAGUCGAGCCAAGUCUGCUCCCUGCAGAGCCUGCCAGCCCCCAGCCUGGCCUCCUUCCCCAUGGCCCCCACACCAGGGGACCUCAGCUGGACCCAUUCGCCAGAGUACACUGAGCCAGACCUGGUGCAGGCGAACCCCAGCAGCCAGACAGGUCCCUCCACCUUCAAACCACUCUUAGAAGAGGGCUACACUCUACCACUGGUCCUGAACCACUACGACGUCCCAGGGAAGCACAAUGAGUACGCGGAGCCACUGCCGCCAGAGCCUGAGUACGCCAUGCCAUUCAGUGAGCCGGAGCCUGCCGGGAUGCACCGCAGCACUUGCAUCAUCACAGGACCUGCCGAGUGCUCCCCGGGGCAGUACCAGACCCCUGCCCUGCGGCCCGGGGAGCUGCCAGCUGCGGUGGAGGGGACUGGCACUCCCUGUUCUGAAGAGUCCCGUGGGUGGCCUAGGCACUGUCCCCUCGCACACGUGUACCAUGAGGCUUUGUGAGGAGGGGAGCACAACAGCACGGUAUUUGGGGGGGGGCGGAGGGGGGGGC